AUGUCCCAAUUAGCAGCCAAGUACACCCCAAAGAUAACAAGACAGAUCAAGAGGGUCAACAACUUAAGAGGAAGGCCGCUGAGCAGUUUCAAAUUUGACGCUUCGAAAUUUAAAGAAUUUGAAUUUUUCAUUUACCAUCAAAAUCCAUAUAUUUAUAAGCCUGCUAGCGGUAUAUUGAGACUCUUUGAAACAGCCUUACCAACACUAAGAUACCAUAAUCCAGAUGUGCAGUUUACGAUUACCAAGGUUGAAGUUAAUGAUCCGAAGGAGUUGCUAGAGUUACCUCUCAUGGUGAAAAUAUAUGGCGAAAAUCCGGAAAAUGUCCAAACGAUUGAUUGUACAAACAAACCACCGCAUCAGAUACUAAAUGAGUUGGUAGAACUCACCAAUGCCAGAAAAUUAAAAAAGGAGGAAAUACCAUUUAUACCAUUGAGGCCUACAAAAAGAUAG